GGUCAGCUGGAGAGGUAUGUCUUCCGUCGAAUAAUAUGACAACAGAUACAGGCGUUCAGAUGAACUGUUGUUACUGUUAAUUGAUUGAUCGCUGCCAUUAUUGAAAACCAAACAACCGGCCGUAUUUUAUAAUAUCGAUUUGAGACAUAAUAUCUGGCAUGAGCCAGAAUUUGGAAUCCGCCUAUGGCCAAUCGAGGUGAGUUGCCAACUGGGGUGUCCGGCAGAAGAAAAAGUCGACAAAGUGGGUCUGAUGUGACUAAUCAAUCAACUAAUAUUUUGGAAGUUCCUUGUGAAACGAACACUGAAUCCAAAAUAUCUUCACGUAAAUGUGUAGAUGAUACUCGGAAACCUUCAAAACGAUCAGCUACACAUGAGAUCGAGUCAGAACCAAGUAAAAAAUCUUCUAAACCUCAUUUGAUGGACAUACAUAUAAAAUCAUCUAAAGGGAAAAAUUCUGUGAAAAGUGAUCAACCUACAAAAAGUGCCUUAGAACUUGAACUAGAAAGUGAAUCAUCCAGUGAUUGUAUAACUAAAAACCUCAGAUCAAAAAAACAAAUAAGUUCUAAAGAUAAACCAAAAUCUUCAGCACAUAAGGGUAAACUCAAACAAAAUAGCUUAAAAACUGAACUAUUUGGGUCAUCAACUGUGAAAGCUCUAUCAAAACAAUUAGUUUGCACAGCUGAAAGACUGGAUGAUCCAGUUGAUAAAUUAGAGAACCCCCAGACAGCUGAUAAAAGACGCUGUCUUAGAUCAUCAGUUACAGACACUUCACAUCCAACUUCAUCACAAUCCAAAAUAGGUUCUUCAGCAAGUGUUCCUAAAGCUAGGUCCACAAGUAAGGGAAAGCAGCCUAAAAGGAAUCGUCAAGAAGGUCAUACAUCUACCAACAGUGGUGAGUUUUUUAACGUAGACAAAAAGAAGUCACGAUCUGGUGGAAUGUCUGCCAGUAAAGAAGGCUCUAACAGUGCUUCUUCUGACCAACCCAGUAAUGAGAGACCACAAGGAGCAGCUGCCAGACCUGUGGAUGAUGCAGAUGAAACAGACAUGGGAAGACUUCAAGCUCUUCUUGAAGCAAGGGGUCUACCAUCUCAGUUGUUUGGUGCUCUAGGGCCCCGGAUGCACCAAUUCUUACACAGAACAAUGAGUGGGGGAACAAUGAGUAAAGUUCAGCAACUGUUACAGGGGUUACAAGCUACAGGUGAUGAAGGUCAACAGUUGACAGCCGUAAUGGAGAUGUGCCAGUUACUAGUAAUGGGUAAUGAAGACAGCUUAGCUGGUUUCCCAGUUAAACAAGUGGUCCCUGCCUUAAUAAGCUUAUUGCACCUUGAACAUAAUUUUGACAUAAUGAAUCACGCCUGUAGAGCAUUGACGUACAUGAUGGAAGCUUUACCCCGCUCAUCAGCAGUUGUAGUAGAUGCUAUUCCAGUGUUUUUGGAGAAAUUACAAGUAAUCCAAUGUAUGGAUGUGGCAGAACAAGCAUUAACAGCUUUAGAAAUGAUAUCUAGAAGACACAGUAAGGCUGUGUUACAAGCUGGGGGGAUAGCUGCAUGUUUGAUGUUCAUUGAUUUUUUCAGUAUCACUGCUCAAAGAAGUGCUCUUGCUGUUGUGGCUAAUUGUCUACAAAGUCUCACAUGUGAUGAGUUCCAUUUCUUAAGGGAUUCAUUACCACUCCUUAGUUCACGUCUCAACCAUCAGGACAAGAAAUCAGUUGAAAGUGUAUGCAGUGGAUUUUCUCGUGUAGUAGAAAACUUUCAAAGUGAUCAACGUUUGCUGAAGGAAAUUGCUGUGCAUGGACUUCUCACAAAUCUCCAACAAUUACUAGUGGCUAGCCCACCAAUAAUCAAUUCUGCUACUUUUGUGAUGGUGAUAAGAAUGAUGGCUGUGAUGUGUGGUAGCUGCCCUGAUCUUGCUGUAAUAUUAUUAAAACAAAACAUCGCUGAUACACUUUGUCACUUACUGGUAGGAACCCCAGAAGACCCUUUACUUCAAGUUGAACUAGUGUCCAGAACUCCUCAAGAGCUAUAUGAAAUCGUUUGUUUGAUUGGAGAACUUUUACCCAAACUACCAUCUGAUGGAAUAUUCCGGAUAGAUACCCUACUUGGAAGAAAUGCUGGAUUUAGUGCUGAUGCUAUAGCCUGGCAGUGGCAGGAUGAUCGAAAUAUAUGGCAUUCAUAUACACCAAUAGACAGCAGAAUAAUAGAAGAUGCCUACAGUGCUGCUGAGGAUGAAAUAAGUCUUACAACUGUUGGAAGAACAUAUACUGUUGACUUUAAAUCCAUGCAACAAAUAAAUGAAGAUUCUGGAACAGCCCGUCCAGUUCAAAGAAAAAUUAAUGCAUCUGCUCAACCGCAGCAUGGUUCUGAUUGUUCCUUAGAUUGGUGUGACUCAAGAGAAGAAUUCCUGAAAGAGGAUCAUCAAUUAGCUUCUUCUUUUAUUCAGUCCUUGUUCUCUGUUUUAUAUGAAGUUUACAGCUCAUCACCAGGUCCCACUGUAAGACAUAAAUGUCUGCAAACUAUUCUACGUAUGGUAUAUUAUGCUUCGGCUACUCUGCUUAAAGAUGUUUUAUUAAGUCAACCUGUCUCCAGUCAUAUUGCUGCCAUGAUGGCUUCACCAGACCUUAAGGUUGUUGUUGGCGCCUUACAAUUAGCUGAAAUUCUAAUGCAAAAAUUACCUGAUAUAUUCAGUGUAUACUUCAGAAGAGAAGGUGUCAUGCAUCAGAUCAAAAGGCUAGCUGAACUCAAAGUUCAUACAUCAAAAUCCUCAUCAGAGAAAGUCUCCAGUGGUGUCUCUGGUAGUCUAACCUCAGGAGGAGCAUCUGCUUCGAAACACAGUAAAUCGGGUGUCCGAGAAAAGGAAAGUACAGAUUCUGCUGCCACAUCACAUACAUCUUCAGAGGAACCAGGUGCUACAUCUUCGCAUAUGUUCUUCCGUCUUGGAGAUGUUUUAAAAAGAAAACACACACCCAAACGAGCUAGAAAAGGAAGCAAACCUGAUGAUCCCAUGGAAAGUGGUUCAAAGGGCGUACCAACUUCUGGUGGACGAAGUUCAAGAAGAGGUAAACAUUCUGACAAUUCAGAUUCUAAAGUAAGUGGCGCCACACCAAAGAUGUCUUUCUUGCCAAGUCUAAGAAGCUGGAGUAGAUUAAGUAACUCAUCACACUGUGAAAGAAUGUCAGUGUCCAAAGAAUCAGAGGCUCAAAAAUUUGUAAGAUGUGCUGAUACCAACAAGGAGAAAAUAAGAAGUUGGGUAAAAGAAGAAGCUACCAAAUUCCUUGAAAAGAAUACAACCUCAGAAGCAUGGAGUAACAGUCAUCCAGCAGUUCAAAUUCUUCAAAAAUUAUGCGAUGCUUCACAGGGCCUAACCAUUGAUUCUGAUAAUGGUCUUGAUCCAUUGUUGCAAAUUGCCACAAUUACCAAAGAAAGUGAUAUAUCACCUUUUGAGAUAAUCCACAGUGGAAUGGUGAAGAAACUUCUUCAGUACCUUACCAGUGUUAAUGGAACUCUGAGCAGAACUGUUCGAAUACAACGUUUUCUUCAUGUCUUCCUGUCCUGCCCUCCUCCUGAUAUUACUUAUAUCAAAGAGAUGGCCAUUGAUCCUAAUAAUCCACCACCAUUGUCUAAUCUGAUCAGUAAAUUACUUGGAUGUCUACAUCAGCUAGAACAGUUCCAGAUUCGAGUACAUGAUCUCCCUGGAUCUGGUGGAAUGAGUGGAAGAGGAUCAAAUGCGCUGAAAUUUUUUAGCACCCACCAAUUGAAGUGUAAUUUACAACGACACCCAUCUGCAACUAAUCUUCGUCAGUGGAAAGGAGGACCUGUAAAGAUAGAUCCCUUGGCACUGGUACAAGCUAUAGAAAGGUAUCUGGUCAUUAGAGGUAUUGGUAAAGUUAAAGAUGGUGAAGAAGAAAUCAGUGAUGAUGGUAAUUCAGAUGAAGAUUUUGAGGAUACUAUGUCUGCUGUAUGUAUCACACAAGGAACAGUCCAACAUAAAUUAGAGUUUUUAAUUGGUGAAAAAUUGCUGCCAUAUGAUAUGACGGUAUAUGAAGCAAUCAAACAAUUUAGUCAUCCCAGUGAAAGAGAAUCUGACUCUGAAACAGAGACACCUUUAGGUCACGCUAAAAUCUGGGCACAGACACACACUAUCUGGUAUAGAGCUUACUGUGAUAAAGAAGAUGUUCCCACUGAAGGCAUGAGGAAGAAAAUUGAAAAUAAAUCAAAGUCUAGUAAAAAAACUGAUGAUGCUCACAAAACAAAAGUUGAUUCUUCUAGAAACCGAACACGAUCUUUACUUGAUACUUUCCUAACAGAACACCUACCCUCUUAUAUAACUAUAGAAGAUACAUCAUUAGAAGUUAUAUCUUUACUUCGGGUUACACAUGCUUUAAACAAAUACUGGGCAGCCUUCUAUGAAAUAUCAUUCUUCCCAACACCUAUACUAACAGCUUCAGAAUUUAUCAGUAAUAAAUUAACAGCCAAAGCGAAUCGUCAGCUACAAGACCCACUUGUCAUAAUGACUGGAAACUUGCCAAAAUGGUUGGGUGAACUUGGUACCUAUGCUCCAUUUCUGUUUCCAUUUGAAACCAGACAACUGUUAUUUUUCAUAACAACAUUCGACCGUGAUCGUGCCAUGAUGAAACUACAACAGGAUAGUGGUGGCGAUAACAGUCAAAAUGACAGUGAGCGUGUAGCCCCAAGAUUAGACAGAAAACGACGUAUGGUAAAUAGAAACGAUCUUUUAAAACAAGCUGAACAGAUUAUUGAUGAAUUGGACAAAUCGAAAGCUCUACUAGAAAUACAGUAUGAAAAUGAAGUAGGAACAGGAUUAGGACCAACACAAGAAUUCUAUGCCUUAGUAUCGCGGGAAUUACAACGAGCUGACUUAGAUUUAUGGAGAGGUGAUGUCCUUGAUACAACUAGCCAUUCAGAUCCAGAUGCUAAAAUUCAGUUGAUGCAUUCACCCUUUGGCCUUUUCCCCUCUCCUUUGCCAAAAUCUGUGAAAGCUUCUUAUUUAAAGAAAGUUUCCUCUAAGUGUAAGUUUCUUGGAAAAUUCUUGGCUCGUUCUCUUAUGGAUUCGAGAAUGCUGGAUAUUAGGUUUAGUCAAGUGUUCUAUAAAUGGUGUCUGGGACAGGAGGAGAGUUUAACAUCUGCUGAUCUAAUCCACAUUGAUCCAGUUCUAGCUCGUUCUCACAGACAACUAGAAGCUGUAUUGCAUCAGAAGAAACAAAUAUUGACCGACAAAUCCCACACAGAUGAAAGUAGACAAUUGGCAUUAGAUAGUUUAACAAUGGAUGGAUGUAGUAUUGAAGAUCUGAACUUGUAUUUUAUAUUGCCAGGUUUUUCACAAAUAGAAUUAAAGAAAGGUGGUAGAGAGUGUCCUGUAGUUCUUGAUAAUCUGGAAGAAUACCUUCAACUUCUGGUGCAGUGGAAUUUUAUGGAUGGUGUAUCACGACAGUUCCAAGCAUUCCGUGAAGGGUUUGAAUCACUAGUUCCUCUCUCAUCCUUGCGUUGCUUUUAUCCCGAGGAACUUGAACAGUUGUUUUGUGGAAAUCAUAAUGAGGUUUGGGAUGUGAAAAUGUUAAUGGACUGUUGUAGACCUGACCAUGGUUAUUCACAGGAUAGUCAGGCUGUGAAAUACUUGUUUGAAAUUCUCAGUCAAUAUAACUCAAAAGAACAGAGAGAUUUCAUUCAGUUUGUGACCGGUUCUCCCUGUUUGCCUGUUGGAGGUUUCCGAAGUUUAAAUCCACCUCUUACAAUUGUGCGCAAAACCUUUGAGUCCACAGAAAGUCCAGAUAAUUAUCUGCCGUCAGUUAUGACGUGUGUGAACUAUCUUAAACUUCCCGAUUAUUCUACUAUUGACAUUAUGCGUCAGAAAAUUGGUUUAGCUGCUCAAGAAGGACAGCUAUCCUUUCAUUUGUCUUAAACACAAUACAAGAAGACACUAUAUAUCCAUACAUGUACAUUGACUAUACAUUAUAUAUGUACAGCAUAUGUGAAUAUUUUAAACGCCAAGCAUAAAUGAUAUAAAUAAAUGUAUAUGUUACCCUGUUCAGUUCCGUACAUUGAGUUUCGCGAUGAUUAUUAAUGUGAUUAUCAGAAUAAUAUAAUAUGCAAAAUAUGAUUAAAAAUAAUACAAGAGAACCUUUGUAACCAUAAAAAUAUUAUAUAAUCUUAAAGAAUUUUAUGCCAUUUGUAUGUUGGGAGUGUAUGUUACAUUAGGGUAGUUUAUUUUAGGAGAAUAUCAAAGUUAAUUACGUUUUGAGAUCUGGACGAUAUUUUUCUACUGGCAUUUAAAAUAGUUUCAUGUUAAAUUGUUUGUGACUUGAUCAAUUGUAAUAUUGUUACAUUGUAUGUAGAUUUCUUUUGUUUAAAUUGUGGUUGACUAUGGACAGAGUAAUAUUUUUUAGGAUUGUAUGAAUGAAGUAACAUAUUCUUUUAAUGUUUUUUCAUGUACAUUAGUUGAACUAAAUUAAUGUUAAAACUAAAAGAGCAAGGCAUCUUUGAUUUACAUUGGCAGUUACAGUGUUAUGCACAAAAUCUUUUUUAUCUUUGGGCAUAAAGACUUUGGAAAACAUUGUUUCAAAUAAACAAAUCAACACAUUAAAAUUCAGUCAAAUAGAUAUGUUUAUUUUUUACCCUGACUGAACAAAACUGUUUGCCCUUUUGACUCCAAUCAAUUUGUGUACAUUUAAAAUAUUGUAAAUGCUGUAUAAGUUACAUGCUUUAAUGUAUUAAUGGCUAACUGUAAUCCUUUGCGAAAGGCAGUUGUAUUCAAAAUAACAAGUAUAAUAAGUGGUACAUGUGAAUAAGUUUCAGUAUCUUGUUGGCUUCAGGUGUUCCUGAAGAGAAACCGUAGAUACAUGUACGCUUAAUCAGAAAUUGGUCUGUCCACAUUUUGGUGCUGUAUUUGUCCUAAACUGUUAAAUAUCAACAAAGAUAAAUUUUAACUAAUUCAUUCUUUUGUUAUUGACCGGACACAACAAGAGAAGACAUGGGUCUGUAUUCAAAGGAUAUCUUAAGUCAAUGUUUGUUACUUAAAGUGUCUGAAAAUCAUUUGACUGAUUGAGAAAUGCCUUACCAACUACAAUAUUGUAAAGGUCAAAUCUCUAAAGUUUUUACAAAAUUGUCAUGAAUUAAAAAUUGCGUAACAUUCAAUAUCCUGUGCAGACCAUGUACAGAAUCCAGCACCACCUCAUGUAUUCAACCAGCUAAAAUCUUUGGAUGGGUAUCUUUUUAAUCUGACUGAAUAAAAGCUGGGAGAUUAUCUACCAUUGAUAUUUUCAUUUUUGUUUUCUUAAUUAAAUGUUGAAUAACCAAUUUAUGUACAUUUUAUUGUAUUAAGCUGUGAAAAAUUAGUUAAUGUCCAAAAAAUAGAAAAAUAACAUUCAGAGACUUCUGUCAAUGUAUUUGAAUACCGAUUUAAGUAAUGUGCUUUGCUAAAUGAAAUAAUCAAGUAUAUUCUCUCAACUUUAAAAUAAAAACAUUGAGUACAGGCUCUGGUGUAUCUUAGAAAUAUUUAUUACGGUAUAUGAAUUUGUAGCAACUUAUUAAACAUGCCUGUAUUAGAAUAACAUAUUCUAAUUUGUCUUGUUUUAUAAGAAAAACAUAUUCAUACUUUGUCAUGUAUUUUCAUAAUCAAAACUACAUCACCGAGUAAAGAUGAACGUAGGGAAUUGCUGAUAUCCUAUUUUCCUGUUUAGAAUAUAUUUUAUGUUGUGCAAUGGUAAAAUAAUUAAAUUUUAGUAUGUCCCUUUGGGCUUCAAAGAUAUGUUGCUUAGAUGCUGGAAUUCUAAAUAUGUAAAUGUUUUUUGUAUUACUGGUACAAAUCGAAAAAUAUUCACCAUUGUGAAGAACAUGUCACUUCAGACCUUUGUAUUGACCAACAGGUGCUAAUUACAAGCUGUGACCUGACUGAUCAUCAUAAUUGUCAAAUCUAGUUGUUGACAUGUCAGGAUGUGUUUCUUAUUUAAGUUAUUGGGGAUAAUAUGAAAGGUAUUGGCAGUUUAUAUUACAUGUAACAAAUUGAAUAUAAGUAUUUAUAAAAAAAAAAAAUAUUUAAAGAGGCAUUAUCACUUAAAACAACAAAAUAAUUUAUCAAAAUUCUAAGCACUGGCCAUCCUGUCUGAACUGAAAAUCCCCAAAAUUGUUUUUUUUUUUAUAGAUCUAUAAAGUGCUGGUGCCACUUUAACCAUGAUCCAUAUACCAGUAAUGUACAUAUUGUCCAUUUUUUCUUUCCAUAGUCAACCAAAUGUAAAAUUUGUAUUAAUUAAAGUUGAUAUUUAUAAUUUCAAUUGAUAUGUUUUCUGUGAAAUUGAUGGUGGAGUUACUUUUUGUUUGUUUUGUACAUAUAUUUUCUUUCUUUUGUUUUGAUUAUUAUAUCAAGGUUAUCUUUCUAUUGACUACAAUGUAAAGAGGCAAAUGUAAAGCAUCUCCUAUAAAGCUUCAAAUGUAUAAAUGAGAUAGCAAGCCUAACACAGGAGCUGGCUGAAUUGAUAUAUUUGGGCACUACUUUUCAGUGACCAGAAAAGGAUUAGCUAGGCUUAAUAAUACUAUGUUGGCUAUUUUGAACCUGCCCCCUAAUCCUUCACAUAUGUCCAAAUAGAAAUUUGAGCUCAUUAACAGUGUGACCAAAAAAUAAAGUGAAAGAACUUGGUGUUGAUGUUUUUGUUAAUGUUUCCUUGCACAGCAUCAGUAUCUUUAAAACUAGUUUGGUACAUUUGGUUUGUCUUAAGAAUGUAGGCCGUCUGUUUCAUAAUUUGAAUACAAAUGAAAUACAACAUCAAUGAAUGGCCUCUCUCUAAGCCUCAAUAUUGUUACAGUUAGAGAUAAAACUCAAAUCUAGUGCUAAUGUUGCAUUCAAUUGAAUAAAAAUGUUACAAUAUUGUA